CUCGCUGCAGCUUUGGCCUCUCGCGAUCCCUCCGACUGCGGCAUAUUAUGUACAGUGCCUGCCUUGGCGACCGUGCCCCGUUGUCAACAACAAACCAGUAGUUGUGGUAGUACCAGUGGCAGCGACGGUAUAAAGGCAGUAAUAAGCACAGUAGCCACUAGCCGCGCACGAGCAAUUACUGGCAGCGUGCAGCAGCGCAAAGGCACACUCGACGAGCGUCAGCUGCCAACUCGAAACUACUAACGCAGUUAACAAUUUUCCUCCGAGUGCUGCAUGUGUGUUUGUGUGCGCGCGCCUGCUGUCUAUUGUACUUUGUGCGUCUAUUGUAUCGUGUAUAAGAGAGCUGGCUGACUACGCACCGCGAUAUUACAUAGAAAAAGCUGCGGUGCUUCGGCUGCCUGCAAGACAAUACGUAACGGCGAAGUAGUGCGCGCGCGUUGAUGUUGAUGCAGUAUAAUGCCGCAGCGGAGCCUCGACAAUGGCCGUUGACUGUUCCAACUCGCUGCUGCUGCUCGUGUCCUUUCGGCAACCGCGAGUCUUGUUCCGAUAGAUCCAAGCUCCUGUCUGCUGCUGCUACCGAGAGCUUUUCAUGGUGGACAGCUCUGUACGCAACGCAUACGUUACGUACCUGUAACCGUCGCAUUUCCAGUUGGCAGUCGCGUGUCACCAGCAGCAGCAGCAGCAGCAGCUGAUCGAAGAAAGAAGGAAAAGAAGUGAAAAAGCUCCGGCGUGCCUUUGCGCGACCGGUGCCACGCACGAAGCCGCUGUACUGCUGCUGUGCUUUUUACAGCUGUGAGAGAGAGCCGCGAGACAAAGACACCAGCGAGUGAUAUACAACGCGUACACCUACAGAUAUAUAUUAUAUAUACAUAGACGAGUGCUCUGCGCCUGUACGUUGCUUGCUCAGCUAUCUACUACCCCCCUGUCGCAGGGAGGCGGCAUCGUCAUUCAUGAAGGCAGAGUCUUCUUUGCAGAAGCAAAAACGCAGACCUGGCGGUAACACAUCAAAUUCCAAAAGAUCAUCAGUUGAGCAGGGGGUCAUUACCAUGACUACCACUGGAACCCAAUAUACUCUGGCAGCUUCUAAUAGAGCUGCCAAUGCUGCUAAUGGCGGGGGUAAUUCUUCAUCGUCCACAGCAGUGGGGGUUGAUUCUAAGUCAAAUGUUGUUGUUGUUACUACUUCCAAUUCGAAUGGUAAUGCCAGUGCUUCACAAACUCCUACAGGAAGAGGUCAACAGUUAAUCACUGUUGUAACUAGUGAUCCAUCUAGUCCAAACAACUUGCAACCCAUUCAGCUUCUAGUUCAAGAUUCACUAGACACAACAGCGGAUUCCUCUAAUGGAUCAUCCAGUGCUCAAGCACAUGUAACGGCACAAGUAGUUGUUAACACAACGCAUUCUGGUCAGCAUACAAUUGUUGAUUCUGACGCUGCAUCAUCCUCAGCAGGCACUAUUGUUGGUGGCUCACCACAUUAUAUAACUGUAACAGGCACCAGUGAAUCACCAUCUUACGCAUCCCUCACAACGGCUGUAGUACCUGGUGAUAGCGACGCCGUGGGGUCCGAAACUGUUACGCAUCCUACCUAUGUCCAAUAUGUCGAAGGCGAUGGAUCCACGUAUAUACCGACGAAUGGCCAGAUGACAUAUCCGGUGUACGCUGUUGGAGAAGCGGGAACCAUGUACACUUCCGCCUCCAAUCAGUAUUAUACCUCAGCAACUACUCCAGUUACAUAUGCUCAAGUCACUGGCUCAAACGCGACAACCAGCCAAUUGUUAUCACAGGGAAACGGCACAUACUUGAUUCAGCAAAGCGUUGUGGAGAAUGACCCUACAACUCAUGCUCUCAUUUCAGCUGCUGCAGCAGCUCGUACGAGCCCUCAAGGAGACGGUGCUGAAGCCGUCGUUAGUGGGGGCGGUGCAUACCUGAUUAGUGGUAACUCGACGGCGAGUGCUGCCCAGAUCAGCGUGGAGGAUGCUGCCUCGGUCACGGCUAACAUGACGCAUGCGACUCGCGUCUCCCAAGCUACUGUACAAUGGUUGUUAGAAAAUUAUGAGACUGCUGAUGGAGUGUCGUUGCCUCGAUCCACUUUGUACAAUCAUUACCUUCGCCAUUGCUCAGAAAACAAGCUCGACCCAGUGAAUGCUGCAAGCUUUGGAAAGCUCAUUAGAUCCGUAUUUUUAGGUUUACGCACGCGUCGUCUUGGAACAAGGGGCAACUCGAAAUAUCAUUAUUAUGGUAUAAGAGUGAAACCAAAUUCCCCUUUGGUGAUGCUAAACGAGGAUGGUACGUCGCGUCAACAAGUCAAUAACUCGCAUACGAACAACAAACGAGUGAAGUUCGUUAAUCAAAAGCAAACGGAAAAUUAUGAAAACAACGUACACACGAGCAGCAACAACGGCAACAGCAAUGUCAUUUUGUCGAAUGUCACAUCGACGCAGUACAAUCAGUACUUGGGUGGUUCGGGCAACGCCAUCCCCGAAUUUCCCGAGAUCAUAGUUGGGCAUAGCUCAGAUUUACCAGACGAUUGUACUCUGGAGGAUAUCGAUACUUUCCGCAAUCUCUAUCGAGAACAUUGCGAAGCUUUUCUCGGCGCCGUGACCAAUUUUGAAUUUGCCACGAUCGAGAGUCUAUGGCGCGAGUUCUGGCGCCUCCAGGACAAUAACAAUGGCGGUGAAUGCGAAGAGGAGACUUACCUGUCUAAGACGAAACUAUACCAGGUAUGCAAAUGCAUAGAAGUCCAAGAGUUUAUCAAAAAAGUAGACUACAUGUUUUAUCAGAAUCUUGUAGAAGUAUUAAUGCCCGAUGUUUUAAGGCCUAUUCCCAGUCCUUUAACUCAAUCUAUUAGAAAUUUUGCCAAAGGUUUGGAGUCCUGGUUGACUACAGCUAUGAAUGAUUGUCCUGAAGAGUUAAUGCAAAUCAAGCUUACUGCUGUAUCUGCAUUUGCACAAACUUUACGAAGAUACACAUCUCUGAAUCAUUUAGCUCAAGCAGCACGCGCGGUACUUCAAAACAAUAGUCAAAUCAACCAAAUGCUCGCAGAUUUGAAUCGCGUUGAUUUCCACAACGUACAGGAGCAGGCUUCCUGGGUUUGUCAGUGUGACUAUUCAAUGGUACAGCGCUUAGAAGCUGACUUCAAAGUCACUUUACAGCAACAAAACUCGCUUGAACAAUGGGCAAUUUGGCUGAAAGGCGUUGUGACUCAGGUUCUUGAACCUUACGAAGGCAAACCUACUUUUGCUAAAGCAGCUCGACAGUUCCUGCUCAAGUGGUCUUUUUAUAGUUCAAUGGUCAUAAGAGAUCUUACUUUAAGAAGUGCUGCAAGUUUUGGAUCUUUUCAUCUUAUUCGAUUACUUUACGACGAGUACAUGUUUUACUUGAUUGAACAUCAAGUAGCUCUUUCUACUGGUACUACGCCAAUUGCAGUAAUGGGAGAUAAAACUCAAAACUGCUCAAUGAUCAAUAUCUUUGAACCCAACGGAGAUUUAUCGGAUAGUAAUCCAACAAAACGGAUAAAAUUAAGCUAACCGCUUCGUUAGGCGCUUUAAGAUGGAAUCAAUGUGUCAUAAAAUAAUUCAUAAUUGCACAUCCAAGAAAAACUCAGAUUAAGUAUGUAUGUAGUUAGCUUACUAUAGGUAGAAAAGUCGUAAGCCGUCGUAAUUGAUCAUUCUAGUGUAUUUUUGUUUGUGUUUUUAUACACGUUGUACAUAGAUUUAAUGUUUAAAUAAAAACAUUCGAGAAAAAAAGUCGUAAGCCAGUCUAGUGGAAAAAUCAGGCCUACCAUAUA